CUCUCACUCUUUAUUUUGCUUUCUCGCAGUCUCUAACUGUUUCUCUCUCUUUCUCACUCUGUCUCUCUCACUUUCUUUCUUUUUUCACUUUCUUCUUUACUUCUAUUUUUCUCUCACCUUUUUCCAGUUUCUACAGCUCUCUGUCUCUCUGUAUGUCUCUCUAUAAACAAUGCAGAGACACUUGGAAGGUUUAAGGUGCACACACACACACACACACACACACACUUUCGUAACGAGGAUAAAAAUUGUGAGACACAGCAGUCAACAGCAUGAGUCACCAUUCUGUGUGUGUGUAUGUGUGUGUGUGUGUGUGUGUGUGCAUUUUGAUUUUGACACCAUGAUACACACACAAAUACACACACACAAACGCACACAAACACACACCAUAAGUCAGAGCCAAUGCAGCAAUGGUUACCAACAUUCCCAAAAGAGAGAGAGAACAUAGGGAAAGGAAAAGAGAUGAGAAGACAGGGAGAAGACAGAGAGAGAAAGGGAUAGAAAGGAUGAAUAAUGUGGGAAAGGGAAAGAGAAAUUGAGGGAAGAAGACAGAGAAAAAAGAAAGAAAUCGGGGAAGGAGUAAAGAGAGAGGGGAGGAUAAAGGGGAAGAAGUGAGAGGAAGGAUAUAGGGGAAGAGGAAUGAGAGUUAGACAAGAGGAGAGUGAAGAAGAAGGGUGAGAGAGAGAGAGGGAGCAGGGAAACGAGGGAGGAGGGAUGUGUGGGUGGAGCGUGUAACCCGUCUGGGUUCUUCAGGAGAAGAAAAUUUGUCACCUCUCAUUCAUUCACAAGAGAGAGAGAGAGAGAGAGAGAGAGACGCAUACAGAGAAAGACAGAGCGAAAGAAAGAACGAGACAGCUAUACACAUACAGAGAGAGAGAGAGAGAGAGUGAGAGAGAGAGAGAGAGUGCACAGUGGAUUAUUUUUGAGGACGGCGCCAACAUGGGAGCAGUGGUGGGCAUGCUGACCAUGCAGACCAAACAGAGACAGACCAGCAGAGAUAAAGUGGAUGAUGAGCUGGAGAUGACAAUGGUGUGUCAUCGGCCUGAGGGACUUGAUCAGCUGGAGGCGCAAACGAAUUUCACCAAGCAGGAGUUGCAAGUCCUCUACCGAGGAUUUAAAAACGAGUGUCCGAGUGGAGUAGUGAAUGAGGAGACGUUUAAGCACAUCUACGCUCAGUUCUUCCCUCAUGGAGAUGCCUCCACAUAUGCGCACUACCUGUUUAAUGCGUUUGACACAAUGAAUAAUGGCUCCAUAAAGUUUGAGGAUUUUGUGAUGGGUCUGUCCAUUCUCCUGAGGGGAUCAGUACAAGAGAAACUGGAGUGGACUUUUCAUCUGUAUGAUAUCAAUCGAGAUGGGUUCAUCAACAAAGAAGAGAUGACAGAGAUUGUACAGGCCAUUUACGAUAUGAUGGGGAAGUACACGUAUCCUGCUCUAAAAGGAGACGCUCCCAAGCAGCACGUGGAUGCUUUCUUCCAGAAAAUGGACAAGAACAAAGAUGGUGUUGUAACAUUGGAAGAGUUUGUUCUGGCAUGCCAAGAAGAUGAAACCAUGAUGAGAUCCCUGCAGCUCUUCGAAAAUGUUAUGUAAAAAAAAAAAAAAAACACACAAGCACAGAGCGUGCAGGAGAGAGAGUGUGUGUAUGGGCGAAAGAGAAAGACAUGGAGAUGGAGGAAUAUAAAUGAUUUUAGUAUAUGCACAGCUUUCUAAAAUGUUUACAUGUGAGCAUAGCUUAUGUGUAAGGAUCAACACUCUCGCUCGCAAUGCAAACUAAUUAUCUGCAAGUGAACACCAUCACAGCGAGCAGCCUCUUAAGAUUAUGUACUGUAUCCAAUCCUGAAUGAAGGCUAAUGAUCAGACAGACACCAUGGACUCCCUGCUUCCCUCAGAAAGAGAAGGAUUGGAAGCAUACGAACCCUUACUUCUCUCUGCCGCUCUACAACUUAGCCAUAUGCUAACAAAGUGACCAUUUCAGACUUAGUGGAACGUUUCUUUUUUUAAAUGCUCAGAUGUCUCCUAGUGCUGCUUCUCACUUUAUACUCUGCCAACUGCUACAUUCAGGAUUAUGGAGCUGUAACUCGAGGACUCCAUCUACCUGUGAAAGAACUGAACUGCAUCUAAAACACAGUGACUUACUGUUUGCUGAGAGAUUUGCAUGUUUUAAUCUUCAGUUACUUGAAUAUUGGCUGAUGUAAUAUAAUAUACAAGCCUGACAUGUUGAUUUAUGCAUUAAAUGGUUGAAUGUUUUAUUUAUUACAGAUGGAAGAAAAUGUUUGGAUGUCUUGCCUUGCGGUGUAUUUAUGCUAUUGCUUAAUCCUGUUUGUCUUCAGUUUGUCACUUUGUCCUGUUAUGUGUCUGUCUGUCCUUACAAUGACUCCAUACCAUUCAUGCUCUCUCUCUCUCUCUCUCUCUCUCUCUCUGACAAUUCAGCUUAGUAUUUUUCCAUUUAUUUUUUUAGUCUACAAAGUAAAUAUGCACCCUAAAUUAUUUUAUUUGUAUUCUUAUUCAUGGACAUUAAACAAAAAAGGAAAAUAGCCACAGAAGGAGAGAGAGAGAGAGAGAGAGAGAGAGAGAGAGAGAGAGAAGCUUCGAAUGCUGUACAAUGCUCUUACUCAACUAUUUGAAUUAA